UCCAACAUUACAUUACAUUACACACACAACAAAAGAAUAUAUGGGACGCUCAAAAUUAUGGGGAUCGUUAUUAUUGGUAGUUUGUUGUUUGUUGUUUGUGAAGGGUGGAUGGGGGUUUGCUUGCAAUUGGGGGACACGGUCGAGCCAUCCGCUCCCACCCGAUAUUGUCGUUAAGUUGAUGAAGGACAAUGGGUUCAAUAAAGUUAAGCUAUUUGAAGCCGAUCCAGGUGCACUUCAAGCUCUUGGCAAUUCCGGUCUUCAAGUCAUGCUUGGAAUUCCUAAUGAGUUCUUAGCAUCGCUUGCUAGUAGUGUACGUGUUGCGGAGAAUUGGGUCGCAAAAAAUGUUUCUUAUUUCGUUUCUAACUUUGGUACCAAUAUCAGGUAUGUGGCGGUGGGAAAUGAACCUUUCCUAAAUGCAUAUAAUGGUUCAUUUCUUCAAUCUACCUUUCCAGCUUUGCAAAACAUUCAAGCUGCUCUAAUAAAAGCAGGUUUGGGACGGCAAGUGAAAGUGACAAUCCCACUAAAUGCUGACGUUUAUGAGACCAGCAAUGGCCUCCCAUCAGGUGGCAACUUUCGACCGGACAUUCGAGAUCUAAUGGUCAACAUCAUCAAGUUCCUCAAUAACAAUGCCUCUCCUCUCACCAUCAACAUCUACCCUUUCCUUAGUCUCAAUGCCGAUCCACAUUUUCCUAAGGAGUAUGCCUUCUUUAGCGGCAAUGCUGCACCCGUCAUUGAUGGUUCAAUCUCCUACACUAACGUUCUCGAUGCCAAUUUCGACACUCUCGUCUCUGCUCUUGAGAAGAAUGGUUUCUCCUCCAUGCCCCUCAUUAUUGGGGAAGUUGGAUGGCCAACAGAUGGAGAUCCUAACGCCAAUAAAGCUAAUGCUCAAAGAUUCAAUCAAGGUCUAAUCGAGCGAAUCAAUCGACGACAAGGUACACCAAAGCGGCCAGUUCCAACAGACACGUACAUCUUCGCCAUAAUCGACGAGGAUGCGAAGAGCAUUCAACCAGGAAGUUUUGAGCGACAUUGGGGAGUUUUCAAUUACGACGGAACAAUUAAAUACUCUUUAAACAUGGGGAAUGGAAAGCAGUUGGUUCCAGCCAAAGGAGUUCAAUACUUAUCCAAACAAUGGUGUGUAAUGUCACCACAAGCGAGUCUCUCUGAUCCCAAUAUCCCCAAUAGCGUUGCUUAUGCUUGCGACCAUGCAGAUUGCACGAGCCUAAGCUACGGCUCUUCUUGUGGCAACCUAGAUGCUAAAAGCAAUGUUUCGUAUGCUUUCAAUGCAUAUUUUCAAACAAUGAAUCAAAGUCCAAAUGCGUGCAAGUUUUCAAACUUAGCAACAAUUUCUACGGUUGAUCCAUCUCCGCCUAAUCAGGGUAAUAACAGGGAUGGAUGCCGAUUUGGGAUUAUGAUUGAUACGACGAAGAAACGUCGUCUUGCACGACCACCAAGAACUUCGUCGGGGACUAGAUUGAGAAUAGGGCAAAAAAGUUGUUGGUAUUGGAUCAGUUUCCUUCUUGUGCUCUCCAUUUUGAUUAUGAAGAAUUGAUCUCUUGUAUAAAAUUUGUUGCCAAGCCCUUAGGUUUGGGAUUUUUUUUCCUCUUUCUUUUAAAUGGAAUAUUGUAUUUGUUCA